AUGGUACCAUAGAGCGUUGAUGCAUGGAACCCUACCUGCGACGAAGUGUGUUCGUCCAUUGUGGAUGUUGUCACCCGUCCAUCGUGAGAUAUGAAUGCACCCCCCACCUUUGAAUCAUUUUUGCUCUUCGAGGGGGAGAAAAAGAUCAUCAAAGAGCAGGAUACCAAAGUCAGGAAUGCAGCCAUAUUUACUAUAAAUAAAGAGGACCAUACCUUGGGCAAUCUCAUUAAGACGCAGUUGUUGAAGGACCCAAGAGUGAUCUUCGCUGGAUACAAAGUUCCUCAUCCAUUAGAGCACAAAGUCAUCUUGAGAAUACAGACUUCAUCAUCUGAGUAUACUCCACAAGAUGCUCUUAUGAAUGCCAUUACAGAUCUUCUGUCAGAGUUGUCACUGCUGGAAGAAAGAUUCAAGUAUGCAGUUCAUGAGAGGCUGGAAGUAAUGGACUAA